ACUUGUAAUUAAAACGGAUUUUCUGCUUCAUGCAUGUCAAUUCAACAUCACAAAAACAACAAACCUUUAUUAUUUUUAACCCAUCCACCACCCCGUGUCGGUCAUCAGACUCUGAUGAUCAAACGGGAGCUCUCCAAAGACCCCGACCUUCGGGUGCAAAGCUGGGAACGUUUCCUGCCCAAGUUCCGCCACAAGAACCUGGCCAAGCGCAGGGAACCGAAGAAGAAGAGUGUGAAGAAGGAGUACACGCCGUUCCCGCCAUCGCAGCCAGAGAGCAAGGUUGACCAGGAGCUGUCCACGGGAGAGUUCUUCCUGCGUGAGAGUGUGAAAAGGAGGAAGAAGAUGGAAGAGAUCAAGGUAAAACAAGCAGAGGCUAUGACGAAGAAGCAGGAAGAGCGGAACAAAGCCUUCAUUCAUCCCAAAGAGAAGCCGUUAAUGAAGAAAUCAAUCAAAGCUCCGACAGAAGGCAAGCUGGACAUCGAGGCCUUCAAAGAGAAGGUGAAAAAAGCCAAAACAAAGAAACUUGGAGCUCCACCAGUGAACACAGCUCCUCCCACAGGUAGAGCCACCACAAACAAAAAGAAAAAGAACAAAGGCUAACAAGAGACCAUUGGAUGAAUGUGUACCAUGUGAGAUGGUAUUUGUUGGACUGAGAAAGGACACAUCCAGAUGGGACUCGGAUCACAAUCGAUCAUGGACUUCUUUUAUUGAACACUUUUUGUUGAGAGGACUUCUUGCCCAUUUUCAUUAAUCUGUUUUGGAGACCAAUCCCCAGUCAAAGAAGAUGAACACACCACCAGUGACUGACAUCAUACAGUUUCCUUUUUUGCUAACUGUAAUCCAGACUUUGUGUGGUGGAUUUUUAUACGUUUCAAAGUACAUUUUCCUCUUCUUUUCUUAGACAGCAGUUUGUUUGCUAGGAGGUAGGACUGAAUUAGCGGACAAUGUGAA